AUGGCCACGCUGUGCCUCCUCGUCUUGCCCACACCUUGUGUCAGUGCCGCCUCGUACGCCGCCGGACACCGUGUUGGUACUCCCUGCCCUCCACUGCCACCAGUCAUCACACUCGCCCUAGAAAAUACACUCGUGGAAAUAAGAGUUCAGGCAGAAAUAUCGUCUGGUAGAGCAGUGACGGUCCUGAGCAUCCUUAACUUGCAGGUCCUGAACAUCCUUAACUCACAGGUCCUGAGCAUCCUUAACUUGCAGGUCCUGAACAUCCUUAACUCACAGGUCCUGAGCAUCCGUAACUUGCAGGUUCUGAACAUCCUUAACUCACAAGUCCUGAGCAUCCUUAACUUGCAGGUCCUGAACAUCCUUAACUCACAGGUCCUGAGCAUCCUUAACUCACAGGUCCUGAGCAUCCUUAACUCACAGGUCCUGAACAUCCUUAACUCACAGGUCCUGAGCAUCCUUAACUUGCAGGUCCUGAACAUCCUUAUUUCACAGGUCCUGAACAUCCUUAACUCACAGGUCCUGAGCAUCCUUAACUCACAGGUCCUGAACAUCCUUAACUCACAGGUCUUGAGCAUCCUUAACUCACAGGUCCUGAGCAUCCUUAACUCACAGGUCCUGAACAUCCUUAACUCACAGGUCCUGAACAUCCUUAACUCACAGGUCCUGAGCAUCCUUAACUCACAGGUCCUGAGCAUCCUUAACUUGCAGGUCCUGAACAUCCUUAACUCACAGGUCCUGAGCAUCUUUAACUCACAGGUCCUGAACAUCCUUAACUCACAGGUCCUGAGCAUCCUUAACUCACAGGUCCUGAGCAUCCUUAACUCACAGAUCCUGAGCAUCCUUAACUCACAGAUCCUGAGCAUCCUUAACUCACAGGUCCUGAACAUCCUUAACUCACAGGUCCUGAACAUCCUUAACUCACAGGUCCUGAGCAUCUUUAACUCACAGGUCCUGAACAUCCUUAACUCACAGGUCCUGAGCAUCCUUAACUCACAGGUCCUGAGCAUCCUUAACUCACAGAUCCUGAGCAUCCUUAACUCACAGAUCCUGAGCAUCCUUAACUCACAGGUCCUGAACAUCCUUAACUCACAGGUCCUGAACAUCCUUAACUCACAGGUCCUGAACAUCCUUAACUCACAGAUCCUGAGCAUCCUUAACUCACAGGUCCUGAACAUCCUUAACUCACAGGUCCUGAACAUCCUUAACUCACAGGUCCUGAACAUCCUUAACUCACAGGUCCUGAGCAUCCUUAACUCACAGAUCCUGAGCAUCCUUAACUCACAGGUCCUGAACAUCCUUAACUCACAGGUCCUGAACAUCCUUAACUCACAGAUCCUGAGCAUCCUUAACUCACAGGUCCUGAACAUCCUUAACUCACAGAUCCUGAGCAUCCUUAACUCACAGGUCCUGAACAUCCUUAACUCACAGGUCCUGAACAUCCUUAACUCACAGGUCCUGAACAUCCUUAACUCACAGGUCCUGAACAUCCUUAACUCACAGGUCCUGAACAUCCUUAACUCACAGGUCCUGAACAUCCUUAACUCACAGGUCCUGAACAUCCUUAACUCACAGAUCCUGAGCAUCCUUAACUCACAGAUCCUGAGCAUCCUUAACUCACAGGUCCUGAACAUCCUUAACUCACAGGUCCUGAACAUCCUUAACUCACAGAUCCUGAACAUCCUUAACUCACAGGUCCUGAACAUCCUUAACUCACAGAUCCUGAGCAUCCUUAACUCACAGGUCCUGAACAUCCUUAACUCACAGGUCCUGAACAUCCUUAACUCACAGGUCCUGAACAUCCUUAACUCACAGGUCCUGAACAUCCUUAACUCACAGGUCCUGAACAUCCUUAACUCACAGGUCCUGAACAUCCUUAACUCACAGGUCCUGAACAUCCUUAACUCACAGGUCCUGAACAUCCUUAACUCACAGGUCCUGAACAUCCUUAACUCACAGGUCCUGAACAUCCUUAACUCACAGGUCCUGAACAUCCUUAACUCACAGGUCCUGAACAUCCUUAACUCACAGGUCCUGAACAUCCUUAACUCACAGGUCCUGAACAUCCUUAACUCACAGGUCCUGAACAUCCUUAACUCACAGGUCAUGAACAUCCUUAACUCACAGGUCCUGAACAUCCUUAACUCACAGGUCCUGAACAUCCUUAACUCACAGAUCCUGAACAUCCUUAACUCAAGAAGAUGGUCUCUUCUGUUAACCACAGAACGCCGACACCUGUCACGCUCACACCUGCAACUCCUACACCUGCCACGCCCACAUCCGCCACGCCUACACCCACCACGCUACGCUCACACCAACUACCACCUCUGUCAUCCAGCGAGUUUUGUUGCGCUGCGGGAAUGGUGCUCUGACGACGAGACCUUAACGGAGGUGUCGCUGGCACCAGUGUCACCGUCCGUGCCGGCGCCCGUGUGCCCACCACAGCGGGAACCAACGCCCCACAAACUGCCCUCGCCCGAGCAGCGCGUACUAGCACUCUCCCUCAAGUACCCACCACAGCUAGUACCCAUUGAUGUCUCCGGCACAGGCUUCAAGCGGCUCGAGAAGUUCCGCCAGUCUCUAGUCCACUUUGAGUACUACAAGGGCAAGCGUCGUCGUAAGAGAGUGAAGAGACGAAACACCAUAGCUGACACCCGUGAUGCUCGCAUAGUUCUUGCUGACAGAGAGGCUGCAUCCACCUCGUCAGGGCGUGGGAGGUCAUCACCUCGUUCAGGGUCACCUAGCUCACGAGGGGGAGUAUCUUUCACCGACCGAUCCUUCGAUACCACAGAAACAUUAGAAACAACAUCUAAUACUACUAAAACAAGCUCUGACAGAGAGAAUCAUCUUCAUGCAUUGGGCCUUGAAGUGAAUAUUCCUUUACCUCCUCGCAAUGUUCACACCAUAUCACGUCGUAUGGCCAAGGAAAAAAACACAUUUAGGGAAAAUGAGUUAAUAAAUGAUCAAAAAGCUGGAUCUUCAGGAGCUGAAGUUUCCCAAGUAAACGGGUCCCAGAGGGCCUCUGGGCUCCAACAGAACCACGUUUAUGAAAGAGUCAAGAAUUCAAAGCGCGAAACUUCUGCAGAUAAACACUAUCCUCAGAAGUCGCACCUUCCUAUAUCUUCACACUCGGCAGCAAUGAAUGUGGCUGUUAAGUUGAGGGAAAGCACAAGAGACGACGGCACCCAUUCCUCCUCCGGUAACUGGUCUGCUUCCUCAAGCACGCGCACUUCUGUUGAAUCGGAUCAGCAGCGACCAGUUGCUUCACCAACCUCAUCUCUUGAACAAGACUCCAUUCUUUCAGAGUCAUUGCAAAUUAGAUCAUCAUCUCCUUCAAGUAAUCAGCGAACCAACUCCAGAACAACUGAUGACUUUCCUUCAACAUCAUCACAUGCAAGUGAUGGUACUCUGACACCUACACAAGAUAUACAAGAUAUCCCUUUCCUGGAUGAUGAUACUAGUUCAGCUUACUCCUGUGACACUGAAGGCUAUUACACAUCCUUCCAUAUAGACAGUGGUCUGCGUUCAGUAAGUUAUGAAGGAAAUACAUUAGCUAGUGAAAACGAAUACGAGUUGUUUGGUAAAGGAAGCACUGGUACUACCAAUAGUUCAGCAAGUUUAGGAACUGUUGUCAUGAGGAAUCCUGAGAAAAAGACACCUCCAAAGCCACCACAAAGGGUGAGCAGCUUAGAGAGAAAACGUGAAAAUAGAGAAAGUGUUAUUACAGUUAUUCAUGUGAAUGGGUCUACAUCUUCACAAGAAGAUGUUGCUGGAGAUGUACCUGACAAAGCAUGUAGUCAAGAUGGUGAUAGUAGGAGCUCACGGGAUGGUGACAGUGGACGUGAAACUUCUAGUUCACCUACUGAACCCACAAGUCCACGCCAGCCCAGUUUACCAUCCCCAGAAUUAGAAUGCUCAGAAUCUGAUUUAGAAGCAGAUAGACAAGAAAUUUUACGUGUUAAAACAACAAUUAAUUCGAGUCGUAUACCAUCAAUGUGUGUGAUAACACCUCCACAAAGUGAUGACGAAAGUGUUAGGUCUGGGAGUGUUCCACUAUCUAGGGAAAGUUCAGGGUCACAGAUUGAUGCUCAAGGGCAGCAGGCACCUCCUCAGGGACUAAUGGGUUCCCUUGCUAGUCAGGGACAGACUCACAGUGUUGCUGCUAAAUUACUCUCUUUUCAGAGUAGUGGUGCAAGAAGUGGUGGUGCUAUUAAUAGUGGUAAGGCUGUAGUAGAUGCUAGUGUUAGUGAAAAGAAAGAUCCAGUAUUAAAAGCUACAGUUUUACCCCAUGGCUAUACCCCAACGCUUACUGUUAUUCCCCGUGCUAAAGAUGGGGACAUUAAUGCUCAUUUGAAAGGAAUUAUGCAUACAGCAGCUGUAGCAUCUCCAGCACAACCAGACCCUGAUCAGCCAGUGUUGAUUAGACCCUCUCUAGUCAAACAAGCAGAGCGAGAAAAGAGAUUAUCACAAGAAAGUGAUGAAAAGCAACAUGCUGAAUUACAAAAGCAAGUAUCGAAAGAACAACAAAAGGCACCAAGGGAAAAGACUCAGUCACAGACUUCAGAGAUGGUAUCUUACAAGGAACUUCCUCCUCCUACCACAAGUGGUGCUCAUCCAUUUAGUGCUGUGCCUAACAGUGUCAAACAGAGUGUAGUAAUCACACCAACUAACUCUUUAGAGAGAAGGAAGGCUAACCCUUCCAAACCUGGAGCCCGAGUCACACUGAAUUCUGAUGGAAAAGUUGUUUACUCUUCAGAUAGUUUACCUCGGCGCAAAGGGCACUCUUCCUUUGAACCUGGGCCAUAUAUUAAGCAGGUUGUGAGCUCAUCACAACACCAACAAGUAGGAGGUGCCAGUAAUUCUCACACUCUUACUGUAUCACAUGUGAAGUCCUCCGUUUCUACAGCAACAAGCAGCAUGCAGCACCCGGCAUUGCCUGUGUCUACAGCUCUGAAUAAUGCAGUUACAGUGCCCCUCUCUCACCCAAUGGCACAACGACCACAACAGCCCCUUCCACCUUCAGCAUCACAUAUGAUGUCUACAUCUUCAGCACCACCAUCAUCUCAGUCAAAACAAUCUUCUGAUACAACUUCACAAUCUACAAAACCUGUUCCAUCUUUACAACCUAUGUCAUAUACUCCACAACUUAUUCAAGCUACUGCUACACAGCCACCUUCAGUGGGACCUUCCCAUUCCAUUCAAGCCAUUUCUUCUCAAUACCCAACAACUUUACCUUCUCAUACUCAUCCAGCACAACCAUCACAGCCUCAUCCUGCACUGCCAUCACAGUCACUCCCAGAAAUUCCUUUACAAUCUCAGCCAUUACCACCUCAACAGCCUCUUCCAAUAUUGUCACAACCUCUCCCAGUUCUGCCUCCACAGUCUAUGUUAAGUCAGUCUUCACAGCCUAUUCCAGCAUCUCAGUCACUUUCUAGUACAACUUCACAACCUGUCUUACAUACAUCAACACAAUCAGUUACUCAUCCUUCUGCAAAAGUUCAGCCAAUUCAACCAAAGCAAGAUUCUCAACCCAUACUUCAGAAAACUGCCAGUGUACCUCCACUUGUGAGCAUGGCACAAGUGCCAACAACAGUAACAAGCCAACAUGCUCGCCCACCUCAACCAUUACCACAGCAAAGAUUGCAGCAAUCUGUACAGCCGCCUCAAUCUCCUGGUAGUCAGAGACAAGUGACCUUUGUUGCCAAAAGUGAUGUUGAUCAGAGCCUUACUGAAAAACAACUUACAAGUAUUGCAGGAAGUUCCAAUGGCAUAUAUGGAACUACACAGCAGCAGCAACAAAUGAGGCAGCAACAGCAGCAGAUCUAUCAGGCCCGACAAGAAGCACAGAGGCAGCUACUGCAGCAGCAACAAAUGCAGAUUUAUCAGACACGCCAAGAGGCUCAAAGGGCACUACAGCAACAGCAACAAAUGCAGCAACAGCUUAUUUAUCAAACAAGAGAGGAAGCUCAAAGGCAGUUACAGCAGCAACAACAGAUGAUGGUGCAGCAACAAGCAAUAUAUCAAACUCGACAGGAAGCUCACCAGGCACAUCAACUACAGCAACAGCAGUCGCUACCACAACAACAGAUGCAGGUUGCAACUACAUCUGGAAGUGUUAUUAUGGCAUCCCAGGGAGCACCAAUGUCUCCAAGAAGUCAGCGGGCUGGUGCAUAUGUACAUGUACAGGGUCAAGUUCCUCAGGGGACAGCAACUCAGCAGGCACCAGCAGUGCAGUCCUCACAAAGCAACCAGUCUAGCACUAAAAUUGCUCAGCGUCCCCAGAGUGCACAUGGUUAUCCCUCUAGUGGUACAACCUCUCGUGCACCUACUCCUGUGCAAGGCCCCAUCACCUCCAGCCCUAGACGUGGGGCCCAACCCAGCACUGAGGCCUUCACUCACCCACACCAGCGCACUGAUCCAGGUAUACUGUAUGGAUCCCAGCGUAGCCUUCAGAGUGUGGGUUUAGUAGCUGAAGGAAGAGCAGCCAAUCAACAGCAGCAGCAGCCACCAAGACCUAUGUCCACAUCUCCACCACCAUACAGUGAACAACAUAGCCUAAUCGACAGUGAUAUUUAUGGUAGAAUAGGUAUGACUCGACAUGUUCAAGUUGGAGGAACCUUACCAGCUGGCUUUGGGAGAUAUCAGAGGGGAUAUAGUUCCCUUCCCCCAUCCAGACGACAGUCAUUUGUACCUCAAACAACACAACAGCAACAGCAACAGGCUCAGCAGCAGCAGCAGCAACAACAACAACAACAACAACAACAACAACAACAACAACAACAAUUGUCAAGAAGGUCAAGUGUUGUUUCAUAUACAGCUGGAAUGGACAGCAGAGGAAUUCGAAGGCCAGCUGCUUCUAAUCCAAGUACACCAGAAAAAGUGUUAGACAAAAAAGAGAAAUCCAGUAAAAAGGAUAAAGACAAAGAUAAAAAGAAAAAGGAUAACAAAACAGAAAAAUCUCCCAAGAAAAAAUGGUUUUGGACUUUGCCUUUGCGAAGAAAGAAAAAAAAUAAGGAUGAAUCAACAGAGGAUGAUGAUGGAGGUUUCAAAGCAGCUUCGGAGAAAGGAGCGAGAAAACUUUUGCCUCCAGAUGAUUCCAGCUUUAUUCGCUACCCCUCACCCGACACAGCUUCUUCAGAUAUGAACUCAUCAUAUUCAAGUGAAAUUUCUGGCGAGCAAAGCUACCGGAGUAGCCCAUCAGCUGAGGUUUAUUAUUAUAGCCGAAGAGCCCAGCAUCAGGUCAUGCAGCUUCAGCAGCAGCAACAGGGAGGAGGGGGUAUUGGACCACGAUCAUUACCAACUACACCAGUAUCCCCACCAGAUAGCAACCAGUCAUCAUUUGUUUCUGUUAACCCAUCACCUCAGAGUGUGAUGUCUGAUGUAACUGAUCUCACAGUUACAGAUUUAACUCGAGGACGCCGUUAUAUGAGUAGAGAGGAAUUGUAUGCAGCAAUGCGCCACCCUCAGUACUACAACUCUCACAGAGGUACAGUGACUAGUUCUACUGCUGAUUUUGGGAGUCAGAAAACUACACCAACACCUAGUCGAAGUACUUCUCCUGCUGUAUUCGGUGUCAAUCCUCUUCCACCAUAUACUAUUAGACCUCAGGUUCAGAAUGUUUAUGGCAGUUGGCCUCCUGAUCAACAGAUAAACCAUCAACAGACAGGAGUUCCUUCCAGAGACCCAGCAACACAUCAGCAUUCAAUGCCUGAUUCGCAAUCUGAAGAUAUUUCACCCACAGCAGAUGUUGAUCCCCCUGAAGGCUAUCAAGAUCUAACCAGUGACAGCUUAGGCAGAUAUGAGUCUCAAGCAACACAAAGUCCUAGUAAGCUAGCAAAUGUUCAAGAUUCACAACAGAGCCAUCUGUCUCAACAAAACCUGCAGUCUCAGCAAAAUUUGCAGUCUCUGUCAUCCCAACAAGCACAGUCAAAUCUCCAAGCUCAACAAACAUCACAGUCUACUCCUAAACAGACAACUCUUGGUGACUUUAAAAAAAUGAUUUUAAACAAAAGUAUGAGCUCUGCAGGUGGUAAUCAAAGAAUUUCAGCUGUGGAAAUGUUAAAAGCUUCUCGUCCAGGAAUAUACGGAUACUCGCCACCACCUGCUCCUGUGGUAAAGCCUCCACAGCCUUCACCCUCCCAGACACGUGGAGAAGGAGUAAUAAUUCCACCCUCCUCCCGAAAUACUGCCCGGGCAUUACUCUUCCAGAGCCGCUUUGGUAGUGGUAGGAGAUUCCGUACACCAAAGACUGAAAUUAUUAGUACUACCAUAUUAGAGGACCGUGGUGGAGAGGUGUGUGAAGAGGAGGAGGAGGAGGAGGAGGAAGAGGAAGAGGAAGAGGAAGAAGAAGAAGAAGCAGAAGCAGGAGAGGAGGAAGAAGAGGAGGAAGAGGAAGAUGACAGCAGUGCAGGAAGCCCAGAGCGACACUGUCUACCGAGUGUUAGAGGUCUGCUGGCACGUGCUUAUAGUGAACCUUGUAGUUCUAAUCGCACAACAACAUCAUCUCCUUCCUCUCCUGUUGAUCAUUCUGAUGAAAUUAUACAUUCAACUCCUAAUACUACCCUUGAUCAGCCUCCUCAGCCACCAGACUUGUCUAUAAUCACCUCUGAUACUGUACAAGAUACAGACACAAAUUUAACCAUAAAAGAUAAUGAGACUGAUGAAAAGGAAUCUAUGGAAACAGCCCUCUGACAUGAGGCAUAAUCUAGUCCUAAAUAACUGUAAAAUGCUGCUCAAGAAUUUUAUACUUACUCCUGUUGUACCUUCCUUGACUCCUUUUGGGUGAUGAGCAUUGCUUUAUACAUUCUGUAGCUGAUAAUGUAUUUUGGAUAUAGGGUACUUAAUAAUGUUUAAUUUCUUUCCAUAUUUAUAUUUAUAUAGUAAUGUGCUUCUGGCACAAAAAAGUAUAUAUUUUCUUGUCUUCAGAAAUUUUGUUUAAUGUAUUUUCAUUUUGUUGUACAGUUGUUACAAGACAAAAUAUCUAAAGUUUCACAAGAUGUGCACAUUGUCAUUUACUGAGCUGAAUAAUGUUCUUGUAUCAGUCUCUCUUCAGGGAUCUACUUUUCAUGUUAGAUAGUGUUUCGUACACACCUUAGCCUUUCUAAUGUGACCCUCUCACACUAUUGGUAGAUGCCAAUAGUUUCUGAUGGAUGGGAAAAUUUUUUUUAGUGGGCUGUGCAGGACUUUUCUUAGCGCACCCUUUGACUUCUGCAAGACUGACAAAAAAGGCCAGUCUUUAAGCAUGCAUGCUCUUAGGGAUUUGGAGAUAUACAUGUUCUUAUUCAUGUGUUCACUACACUACAUAGAAUAUUUAAUUUUAUUUUGACAUCAACGAAUUAAUUUCAUCAAAGUUUUUAUUCAAAGUCAUGUUAGAAAUAAUGUUUUCAUUAUCAUUGAAUGAUGGCAAAUGAAAUAAUUCAUAAAAUAGGCUUCUCUUGUCUCAGUUUAACAUCUUGGACAUCAUUUUAAAUUCACUUUGUCUGACUUGGCCAGCAAAAUUGGUGCAGAAAUAUGCAGUACAGUGCUGUAAUAAAAUUUAAUUUCUGAAUAGGUAAUUACCCUCAGUGUAGUUAUGAUUUACAGUAGAUAAAAGGUUAUGGAUAUCAAUACUACAUAUUGUUAUUGUAGUGUAAGGCAAAGGAAUUGAGCUUCAGGUCUUGAAAUCUACUGCAUCUUAAUUCCUGUUCAGCUGCCCAAGGAAAUAAUAUACAAAGGUACUACUUGUCUCAGGGGUACACACUUUGUUGCACAAACUCUUAGUAGUUUGUGUAACUGGCCAAAGUCACAUUUUCAUUCCAUACAACUUUGGACCAGGUAACCUUCAACCAUAAGCACAAAGUCAUUCAUACCAUUUUACUUGUAAACUUUAUACAAGAAGGAAGGUGGCCAACCAAUAUCAAGAGUAUUUUGCUGAUGUAUCAGUAUUUGUGGGCAGAAGUAUUACACAAGAAAAUAUAUAGUUGAAUUUCUUUUAUGUAGAUAAAUUUAAGUCUUGGUUAUGAUCCUUGUCUGUAAUAAUGGAAGACUUAGUCAAAUACCCUUACUUAGCCAAAUUUUGAUCUCAAUGACCUUAUUUUUUUUAUUUAAGACUAAUGUCUCCAUUUAUACUCAGUGAAGUUCCUGAACAUUCCCAAGACAUAUGCUAUUCCAUAUUCAUUGUCAGUUUUAGGUUUUUAGAAACCUGAAAGUUUUAACACAUUAUCUGAAUUAGGAAGUGCCUUUUUGUCCCCUUGAUAAGUUCUGCCAUUUGUUGUAGCAAUAACUUAUAUCAUGUACAUAUUGUAAAUUGAUCAUACAAGCUUAUAGGAUAGGCAACUUCUGCCCCUCUACUUAGUUUUUUACUGAACUGUAUAUUUAUGCUUUAGCCAUGUUAGACAUAUUGCGUAUUUCUUGAAACUGGUUUCAUAAAUAUGAAGCCGAGAUAUUUUUUCCAGUCUUUAGAAUUUCAAUAUUAAAGAGCCUGAGAAUGACUUAGGCUCUCUGCUCAAACACAGAAUACAUGGAUGAAGACAUUUUUGUAAGUAGAGCUUCUUCAGUUUAUAAAAUUUUUGACAUUGUGUAAUUAAACACUUUUUAAACAAAUAAUGGUCAUUCCAGAAGAAAGGAAUGUUCAAUUGCUGUUUUUAUUUUACCUGGUCUUGACAGCUGACUGCUGUCAGUUAAGCUGUUAUAAAUAAUAUUUAAGUAAAAUUAAGACAUGCCAAAUUAAAAUUAUAUAUAGACUUACUAAUGGCCAGAAACCAAAAAUUGUGCUAUUUCAUACCAUUAUUGAGUCUUCCUUUUUAACUAUAGUCUGUGAAGCUAACACCAAAGUCAGUUUGCACCUCAGAGGAAUCUAGACAUGACGUUAUGAUAUUAUGUUGUUUAUGAGUCUCCAUGGGGUUAGCAAUAAAGACAUGACCUGGAAAAGAUGAUAGUUUAGCUAAACCUUUAUUUAUCUUUUUUUUCUAAUGUUUAUGGUUUAUAGUUAGGGAGUUUUAUGUAAAUUUUACCCUGUGAUACUGUAAACUUAUGUCUGCUGUCCUCUUAGAUAUCUACAGUGUAUUAAUCAAAUGUUCCUAAUAAUGCAUCAUUGCACUAUGUCCAUUAUUAUUAUAUUAACAUAACCUAUGAGUCAUGAUAAAUGACAUUCCUCACUUAAUGGAUAUUACUGCAUUACUGAAACCUGAAACUUGUGUGGUUACGUAACUGAUAUUACACGUCUUUACUUUGUCAGAUCCUCAUUGUUUCAGUGUUGUCCUGUAGCCACUAAACUUACACUAUAGCCUAAGAAACAAAGUUACAAGAGCAUUAAUAUUUAAAUCCUGCCCAGGCAUUCACUCUACUUGAACUGAUGCAUAAUUCAUCUAGCUUUUUAUUUACACUUUCCAUUAUAUUAGUCUGGUAUAAUAUUUAUGUGCUUGGUCCCUAUUUAUGGACAUAUAAAUUGAAUUUUUUAAAGAAAUUGGUCAUUUUCACCAGGGAAAGAAGAGAAGAAAACAGAUUAAUCAUCUCUUUCAAGCUGGCUUUCCAGGACACAAUCAUUGUAGGCCACUGUUGAUGCACUUGCUGGUGAAGUGCUGUUGGGCCAAGGAAUUGGAACUACUGUUCCCUUCAUUGAAUCAGUCUUGAUUACCUAUCAUUUACCAGGUGCUGUAUAACCCAUAAGGGUUUAGUAUUUUCUAAUGAAUACAAUAAUGUUAUACUGUUGGUGCACUGAAUUUGUACUUUUUCCCUACUUUCAAAGUGAGAGCAUUGCUCUUCCCAACCUUCAACACUUAAUUCUGUCUAGCUGUUUUCCAGAAUCCCUGCAUAGAUAUGACCAUCCUCACUUCUACAGUGCUUUAAAUUCCAUACAU